GCGAACACUGCCUACACGAGCAAUCGAGGAAACUUGAGCUAGUACUCUCCCUGUACCUAAAGUGGCUAGCCGGCUAAUCGAAUGCACGGCGCAGAAGGUUGUUGUUUUUCUCUUACAAUUCUCAAGUAUUUUCUUUGCUACUAUAGAGGUUUUUAAGUACGUCACCAAUAACGAGACAAGCGAGACAAACACCAACAAGUUAAUCUAAAUACGCUCGAUGACGUGCCACCAUUACCAGGAUGUUAGCAUAUAAACUAAGCAGCUAGGUGGACAGUCGGCACAAGUAGCCAAACAGUAGCAUCCGGAUGAUUUGAACAGUGCCACCGCGGAUUCUGGGAGGUUUUGAGUGGGAUUUGCAUGAUGUCAAAUAGGCGCUCCCCGCAAAUCGCUGGAGGUGCGAGUUCUGGGCCCAGCACAAGUAGCAGCACUAGUAGCAGCAGCAGUGGUACUGGAGGAACCGUGAACCCAAGUGGUGGAAGCAACUCUGUCACAAGCAAUGGAAACAGUUCAGUUACUAGUGUGUCCUCUCGGACACUGGCAACAGCAGGUGACAGUGGCAUGUCGGUGCCAAAUUUGGUCGCCGUGUCAUCAAGCCGAGGUGGGUUCGCUUCUCUGAUUAGACCUUCCGCGCCCUCUAGCAGCAGGAAGAGGUCCCUCCACCAGGCACCUCUCUGCAACGGCCUGUUGAACUCCUAUGAGGACAAAAGCAACGAUUUUGUCUGCCCCAUUUGCUUUGAAAUGAUCGAAGAGGCACACAUGACCAAGUGUGGGCACAGUUUUUGCUUCAAAUGCAUCCGCCAGAGUCUGGAGGAUAGCAACAGGUGUCCCAAAUGCAACUACAUUGUUGAUAAUGUGGAUCAACUUUACCCAAACUUUCUUGUAAAUGAACUAAUCCUGAAACAGAAGCAAAGAUCAGAGGAAAAGAGACUUAAACUAGAUCAAAAUGGAUCCAGGUGGCAUGUUUUCCAGGAUGUGUUGAGUCCGGACCAAGAGAACCUGGACCUGGCGAAUGUCAAUCUAAUGUUGGAGCUAUUGGUUCAGAAGAAGAAACAGCUGGAGGCGGAAUCCCAAGCAGCUCAGAGACAAAUUCUCAUGGAGUUCCUUAAUGAAGCCAGGAGAAACAAGAGAGAGCAACUAGAGCAACUACAGAAAGAAAUAAACUUCCUUGAAGAGGACGUAAAGCGUGUUGAGGAAAUGAGCGGACUGUACUCUCCAGUGGAGGCAGAGUGUACGGUGCCCAAUGUCGAGGCCCCCUCACCCUCAGCCAGCUGCAGUAGCAUAAUGGAGCCACCAAACUAUAACCAGCCACCAGAAUUUGGUGUAACACCCCAGGGAUCUGACCAAAGUCUUUGUAAAAUACAGGGCAAAAAGCAGACAUGGUAUAAUAGCACACUAGCAUCAAGGAGGAAAAGGUUGACUGCUCAUUUUGAAGAUCUUGAACAGUGUUACUUCAAAAUGUCACGCAUCUCAGAUGAAGGGAGGAACUUGAACCAGCUGGAUGACUUUAUGGAGUGUCUCUCUAAGUUCACACGCUACAAUUCUGUGCGACCCCUAGCCACGCUCUCCUACGCCAGUGACCUCUAUAAUGGGUCUAGUAUUGUCUCCAGCAUUGAGUUUGACCGUGAUUGUGACUACUUUGCCAUCGCUGGUGUGACCAAGAAGAUCAAGGUGUUUGAGUACGGUACUGUGAUCCAAGAUGCAGUAGACAUCCACUACCCUGUCAAUGAAAUGACAUGUAAUUCUAAAAUCAGCUGUAUCAGCUGGAGCAGCUAUCAUAAGAACCUCCUGGCCAGCAGCGACUAUGAGGGGACAGUCAUAUUAUGGGAUGGCUUUACUGGUCAUAGGUCCAAAGUGUACCAGGAGCAUGAGAAACGGUGCUGGACUGUUGACUUUAAUCUGAUGGACCCAAAGUUGUUGGCAUCUGGCUCUGAUGACGCUAAAGUGAAGUUGUGGUCAACUAAUCUGGACAACUCUGUGGCCUGCAUUGAAACCAAGGCUAAUGUCUGCUGUGUAAAAUUCAGUCCAACAUCCCGGUAUCAUCUGGCCUUUGGCUGUGCAGAUCACUGUGUCCAUUACUAUGACCUCCGCAACAUUAAGCAGCCACUCAUGGUGUUCAAAGGCCACCGAAAAGCUGUUUCCUACGCUAAGUUUGUCAACGGAGAUGAGAUCGUGUCUGCGUCCACAGACAGUCAGUUGAAGCUGUGGAAUGUCAACAAAGCUCAUUGCCUGCGCUCCUUCAAGGGUCACAUCAAUGAUAAGAACUUUGUUGGCCUGGCUUCUAAUGGAGACUAUAUUGCCUGUGGCAGUGAGAACAAUUCCUUGUACCUGUACUACAAAGGACUUUCCAAGACACUUUUAACAUUCAAGUUUGACACAGUGAAAAGUGUGCUGGAUAAAGAGAAGAAGGAAGAUGACAUCAAUGAGUUUGUCAGUGCUGUCUGUUGGAGGACUUUACCCGACAGCGAGUCAAAUGUGUUGAUUGCUGCAAACAGUCAAGGAACAAUCAAGGUACUUGAGCUUGUCUGAAGACCCUGAUCCUCAAAUGAUGAAGACCAUACCUUGAGCUGCGUGUUUGAUAGAUGGAAGAGGCCAAGCUGCCAACUGAACUCAGAGUGCCCGACCCCCAAGGAGAACUGAUGUUUAAGAAGCUAUGGGAUUUUUUGUCAGCAUCUUUAUACUCUGACAUCUGCAUGCCAUGCUGUCAUUUUAUAGAGGGGAUUUUUUUGUUUGAUUUCUGUUACAGUGGUACAGGUACACUAAAGCAUCUCCAUGUUUUUUUUUCUCCUCAGAUCCAUACUUUUUAGAUUUUUUUUUUUUUUAUUCAUCUGUUGAUCUUUGGUUCACAUCCUGUCAAAUGCUUUCAACCCCUUGAAGGCUAAAAGUACAGGACUAUUAACCACACAAGUUUGUUUUUACAUUCUACUUCAAAUCUCAACCCAGCCCUGAAUGUUUGUCGGACUUAUGUGGAAUUUGUUUUCCAGGAUGGAAGAAACCAGUUGUAAUAAUUCAGAAUGAAAUAAAAUUCUGUCAAACAUA